CAAGUUGAGGUUAUUUCUUCAAUUACGUAAUUGAAAAGUCAACGAAACAAUACGAUUUAGUUUAUCUAAUGAUAUAUUUUGCGGUAAAAAAAUAAAAUGCUAUGUUAAGGCAACUGUUAAAACCUUCCUUGUGGAAAAGUUGCGCGACCAUCAAUAUUUUUAAAUCAGUUGGAAUUCGAGGCGUCUCUUUAACAACCGUGAAGAUGGUUGACAAGGAGGAUCUCCGAAAACGUCUUACGCCCCUUCAAUAUCAUGUAACUCAAGAAAAAGGAACAGAAAGACCAUUUUCAGGUUGUUACGAUAAGACUUUUGAAACAGGAACCUAUGUUUGUAUUUGCUGCGAACAACCAUUAUUUAGUUCUGAUACUAAAUAUGAUAGUGGAUGUGGUUGGCCUGCUUUUAAUGAUGUUUUGGAUCAGGGAAAAGUUAAAUUGUUGCCAGAUACAAGUGGAGGUCGAAUCAGAACGGAGGUGAUCUGCUCGAAAUGCAACGCUCAUCUGGGACAUGUUUUCGAUGAUGGUCCAGCACCAACUAAGAAGAGGUUUUGCAUCAAUUCUGCUUCGAUUAAUUUCGUACCAAAUAAACAAGGCGAUAGCUAAUUGUUGCUGUAAUUGCUUUAGAUAAAAAUGAAAACAAAAUUGUAAUUUUUUUUGAAAAUAACUCGAAUUUUUAUGUGUUUUUUUUUUGUUAAUGCUUGCACUAAUACAGAAGAAAUAUUUUUUUAUAUAUGUAAAAUAAAGUUAGAUAAAUAAAAUGGGUGUUAAUUAUAAAUUAUUGUGUACUUUUUGUAAUAGUUGAUAGCAAUAAAGAAAUAUUUGUUUUUAUU